GCCACCGGUGUCACCAAGAUCGCCCGGUCGGUCAUCGCGCCGCUGGCUGAGCACCACGUCUCCGUGCUGAUGCUCUCCACCUACCAGACCGACUUCAUCCUGGUGAGAGGUACGGGAGCGCCGGUGGUGAUCCACACGCUGGCGGGGGAGUUCGACAUCUACAAAGAGGAGAGCGGAGAGUGCGUCCCUGUCACCUGCGACGAUGUCAGCAACGGCUUCCUCAAGUCCAAGCCAGCUGCCAGCCCCACGCUGCACCCGGUGCAGAGCCCCCAGACCCGCUUCUGCGUCCUGACCGUGGCCCCCGACACGCUGCCUGCCAUCGCCACCAUGCUCAUCGACGUCCUCUUCUACUCCCACAGCCCCCCAAGGGAGGCUGGCGCCAACAGCCAGGACCUCGACUCCAGCACCUUCUUCUCCUUCUCCCUCAUCGAGGGCUACAUCUCCAUCGUGAUGGAUGCCGAAACCCAGAAGCGGUUCCCCAGCGACCUGCUGCUGACCAGCUCGACGGGGGAGCUGUGGCGCAUGGUGCGGAUCGGGGGGCAACCCCUCGGCUUCGACGAAUGCGGCAUCGUGGCUCAGAUCGCGGAGCCGCUGGCUGCUGCCGACAUUUCGGCGUAUUACAUCAGCACCUUCAACUUCGACCACGCCUUGGUCCCGGAGGAGGGCAUCGCCGAGGUCAUCCAGCUGCUGCAGCAGCGCCAGGAGAGCGGCACAUAG